AGAUGGUGAAUUAAUUUUGGAAUAUGUUGAAUUGAGGGACCAGUGGGAUAUCUGAGUCUGGUUGGAAGGUGGACAUCUGGGUCCAGAACUUGACUGAUUUAAAUUGCAAGAAGGUUUAUAUUGUACAUUUAUUAGCAUUAAUUAUAAAAGGGAGGCUUACAUUAUUAUUUAGUUGCAGUUCAAUGUAAGUAUCAUAAAGAGUGAACACUCUAUGUUACAAAGCACUCUAUGCCCAGUGCGUAGAAGUGUGAUUGGCCCCAAGUGUUAUAAAUGGUUUAAUAAUGAAUAUUUUAGAAAUCAGAACGUGACAUCUCUUUACAAAGCGAGGUCAGGGCGCCCUCUGGUUUCGCCCCUCCCUGCCCCUUUAAGAAAGCGCUGGAAAGGCUGGAGAAAGCGCUGCUGGGAAGGAGGGCGGAGCCUGCCUGCUGUCCGUCUGCUGCACGUUCUGCUCUGCACCAGCCUCCUGCUAGUGGAGCCGGACCCACGCACAGUUGUAAAAAAAAAAAAAAAAAUGCAUGAAAAGACGCGUAAGAGCAAGUGACAGACACGCCCUGUGCUUUAGCUUCCCAGGGCGGUGUUAGCAAAGCCAGGGAAAAGCCUGAAUCUUGUUUACAUAGAUGUUUUAUGCCAUGACAAUCAUUAUUGAAGCGGAGUGUGGCCGGUCAGUGUAAUCCAUAUACCUCUGCUUACACAGAAUUAUGGUUUGUUAGCCUCCACAACUCGUGACUCGAUUCACAAAGGCAAAAACUGUUUGCCUGUUAAUCGCGUUAUCCCAGCACUAGAAUCUAAGCUUCUCAGACUUUUGUUCACAGUUGCCAAGCACCAUGCCUCCUUAAAGAGAUUUAGAGAUUCCAGUCGACAUCACGUACUUGGCCUGUAAGGAGUAGAGCAGCUCUUAUCAACAGCAGUGACAGAACCUGUGUUCUGGAAGAGGACUGAUGGCUUUGAGCCCAGGUUGGAGAGCAUUUGCACUGCUUCCAGGGACCCACUGUGGUGUCUUUCGGAAGGCCCCAAGAAGCAGUGGUCUUUCCUCAUUUCCUUGGGGCCACUGCCCCUGGAGAGGCACGGGAAGCUCUUUGGACCCUGAGAUGAAAGCGUUCCUGGAGGAGAACACUGAAGUCACCAGCAGUGGCAGUCUCACUCCCGAAAUCCGGUUGCGGCUUUUGACCCCCAGAUGCAAGUUCUGGUGGGAAAGAGCUGACCUGUGGCCCCACAGCGAUCCCUACUGGGCAAUCUACUGGCCAGGAGGCCAAGCCCUAUCUAGGUAUCUUUUGGAUAAUCCCAAUGUUGUCAGAGGAAAAUCUGUGUUAGAUCUUGGGAGUGGAUGUGGAGCUACAGCUAUCGCUGCCAAGAUGAGUGGGGCAUGCAGGAUCCUGGCCAACGACAUAGACCCUAUUGCAGGAGUGGCUAUCACACUAAAUUGUGAAUUGAACCAACUGAAUCCUUUCCCCAUUUUAACCAAAAAUGUUUUGGAUUUGGAACAAGAUAAGUGGGACCUUAUUGUGCUUGGAGAUAUGUUUUAUGAUGAAGACCUUGCAGACAGUCUUCAUCGAUGGCUGAAGGACUGCUUUUGGACCCACAGAACUCAAGUACUGAUUGGUGACCCUGGCCGACCCCAGUUCAGAGGACACAGCAUUCAGCAUCAGCUGCACAAGGUGGUGGAAUAUUCCCUUCCAGAAGCUACGAGGCAGGAAAACAAUGGACUGACAACAAGCACAGUGUGGGAAUUCCAGCCCUGAGUUGUCCAACUGCUUCCAAGUACGGAUGUAGUUAUGUUUGGGCUUAACCCUAAAGGACUCUCCAGUUUGAAGAAUGCAGUUCCUAUUAAAUGGCAAAUGUUUCCGAAAUAUGAAGGUUUCAAGUUUUGUCAUGUAACUAGUUCUGCAUUAUGCCAAAUAUAUAAAUCUGUAUCCGGAAUUUUUUUCUAGUUUUACUGCUCUAGGAAUGUAAUUAUAGAAGGCAAUAUGUAACUGGUAGCAACAUGUAAUUUAAGUUGUGGAGAGAAUUUGAUAUUGUAGCAGAGUCUGUUUCUGGAGUUAAGGACAACUAUAUGAUAUGUUAUUUAAUUAAACAAAAUGCAAAAUAUUGAAGAAUAUAGUAUUUAGUACAUAAUAGGGACUAAAUCUGACAACCAUGGAUAAAAAAAGAUGUUAAAAUUUCCUGCCUACUCUGUACUGACAACUUAUGCCUCUUAGAAAUUGGAUAUGCCCCUGCUACAUGUCUCAGAUUUAGAGGAUCCUAUGUAUCAAUAAAAAACACUAUGAUGUAAGCGAGAAACAAUGUGAAGAAGAAUGCGUGUAGUAUUCCACUGUGUAAAAAAGAUGUAUGUAUAUAUUGAGGAAAAGAAUGAAGAUAGGGAAAAUACAAAAUGGAGUCACUUUAACCAAGCUGUUAAAUUAUUAAUAUUAUAAAGUUUGAGGUAUAAGGAAAUGUGUUUUUUUUCCUUGUCUUAACGCCCCUGGGAACUUAAACUUUUGAACUUUCCAGACCCAUGUCAAUGCCCAGACAUUUAUUUACCUUUGAAUAACCAUCUGACUACCCCCUAAAGGACUCGGGAUGUGCCCAGGCCUCCUGGUGCCCAUCCUCCAGACCCCCUGGCAUCCAUCAUUCAGACCUCUGACAUUGGCUGGUAACCACCCGGGACCAAUCCUACGGCUGAGAAUGCAGGGCUGAUGAUUCUCGAAGACAUGGCUUUUACUAUAAGAAUGCUUAACUCUUCUUCUCUGGAAUACUUCUGGGUUUUUGCCUAGCUGUAUUUCCAGUUUGCAGACUCUAAGACCCUUGAAUAAAUCUUUGUCAUUUUUUUCUA